GGCUGCUUCCAUCUAUCCUUUAUCACUUGGAGUUCCUUACACCUCGGUAAUCGAAACCGUCGUAGCCUUGGAAUACUACCCCUUGCUUCGCUCACUUUUGCUCUAACAAAGCUCAUUACAAUGCCCAAAGUCUACACCGAAAACACGUCUUUCGACAUGUCUCUCAGCUUCGACCAGUCGCUCAAUACAGUUCUGGAGGAAAUGGUCGACAUCUGCAUCACCGACUCCUUUAAACUUCCACCGCUGCGCGUGUGCUCGAAGAGCCAGCUCAUCCACCAUCAGAACCCAUCCUCCUCCUCGCUAGGAUCCCGAGUGGGUAGCCGCGUAUCCUUGGUUAAGCGUCCCAGCCAGUCGGUGUUGACACAGAUGCUCGAAACACGACCGGUUGACUUAAUGAGACCAGUCUCAGGCGACUCCCUUGCGUCGGACCUUGACCCGGAUUUUCUCCACUCCCGGCUCUCCAGCUUGACCUCGACAUCCGACUCUGAGUUUCUCCCUGAAACGCUCGCCAAGGAUCACUCCCAAUCACAGAGACGCAAAAGGCCAGAAGCAAGAACGAUCCCCGGCGAGGCAACCCUCAGAACCAGGAACAACGAGAGUAUACCGUUCAACGGUCCGAGCCGCAGCUUCAGCGGACAAUCUAGAAGCUUCAGCGGACAGGCUAGAACCAACGGACCCUUCGCACCGCUGGAUUCAACGUCAUCCCUUACCCGGAAGGCGUCCAAUUCGUCGGAAAUCACGCUAAAGCUCCAACCACACCAGAAAUAUCGUUUGAACCGCAUGAACCGCAAGCAGAGCCAACAGGACCUCGACCAGGCAUUGAAAGAUGACAUUGACCUUGACGAUGAUGAUAUUCCCGGCGAUGUAGUGUGGAAUGUUCCCAUGGCUGGUGGAUACUUCCCCCGGACACAUUCUAAGAGCGCGGUUUCAUUGCAGCCAACGCCGUUACCAGGCCAGUUGGAACACUUGUACAACCCGCAGCAGGUCAAGUCAAUGCCAGAUAUUAGAGGAAGCUAUCCAAUGCUGUCGAUUUCCCGCGGAAUCUCCGACUACUACUCCGCGAAGCAGCUGGAAGAGCUCCAAAAACGCUCUAGAUCCAACCCCAGCGUUCGAAACGUACCUGAAGCCUCCGAGACCGCCCAUGGGACACGGGACAUCUGGCUCCCUCCAAAAAACCCAUUGGAGUUGCGUAAACACGAGCAAGAAAUAGCCCGUCUCGCAGGGCAGAGAGCCCAGAAAGAAGUCCAAGAGCUGGAACGGCAGUCGAAGCUCCGUCAGCAGCACGAGCACAACGAACAAAAGUGGUUCAAGUUCUCGCUCUCCAGCAACUUCAAGAAGGCCAGCCGGCUGGAGGUGAAGCUGUUGGUGUGGCAAACCCCUGUGCCUGCGCGCCUCAGACACUCGCUCUGGGCCAAGAACCUCCAGUACCACUUGCACAAGACGGGAUCCAAGCAGGACGAGGUUUUAGAUAAGUUUGAGGUCUUGUCCCGCACCCUCGAUACGCUUGACAUGGCUCACAAGCAGGAAGAGAUGACACGAUGUGUCCAUCGUUUGACGCAGCUUCCGAUGUUCAGAGGUGUUGGUGAGCUGUUUCUGGCAAGUUUCAAGCGCCUUGUGCUCUUACUCCUGGUCUCACGCUCCGGGUUGCUGUACGGCGAUGAGCUUCUCAUUGGCAGCUUGCUCGUGUUCUUUCCCGACAGAACGCUCAAGGAGGUGUUCGAAAUGACCCAGUUGAUGAAACUCCUUGUGGUGAACGAAAAGUUUGUGAAGAAGCUCACAAAAGGUUUGGGUAAUACGUAUUUCAAGAGGCUGCUCGCGGGGUUUCCCCAGGAGUUAGCGGGUAUGAACUCUAAGACGCUCUGGGUCUUGUGGUCACUCACCGAUGGGGAUGCGGUCAAGCGGUUCUUGGAGAUUCUCGUCGUGGUUAAUGAUUACAAGUUGGCCCUCGCGUAUGUGUUGACCGUGGUGAAACAAUAUCACUUCGGGUGGCUGAGUCUUGCUGAGUUGGAGCGAUCCGUGGGGCUGAGAAGUGCCGUAGUGGAUGUCAAGGACCUGGAGUUGUUCGUGGUGAGGUUGAAGGGAUGUUAUAAAGAACUAUAAGUCGAAGACGAAAAGUUGCUGUCAGGAAUGAAGGUGGCAACGUUAAACGUUACCGCGAACUGGCUAACAAGUGCCGUCAAAGACCAUUGCCAAAAUUCUAUCAGACCUUUGCCAGGCGCGCGUCGGACUUUUUUUCUGGUUUCUAUCAAGCCUUUGUCACAUUUUAGCAGCUUUACAGGCCGGGCGGC